GAAGUGUUCUGUAUCCCCUGGAGGAUUUACACUGAAACAUGCUCAAAAGAUGGAGAAGAAAUUGAAAAAUCAACGCCUUCGCCAAGGUCUUUUCAGUUCCAAAAGGAGACGAUUGGAAUUAAAGUCCCAGAGGGCAAUGAAAAACUGCACACAAUCAGUGUUAGAAGGUGACACAUACCAGUCAAAGAUUGGUAUUGAAGAAGAUUUAGAUCUUGAGGACAUUGAUCCCACUCCAGUAUCUUUUCCAAAGGAUGGAAAUGAAAUUAUUUUUGACUUGGAAACUACUGGUCUGGCUCGGACAUCAGAUAUUAUUCAGAUUGCAGCAGUCUCUGGAGGCGAGGAAAUGAACAUAUACAUGACAACAGAAAUUAGCAUCGGGGCUUCUGCUGCCACAGGUUUGACGUAUGUUGGAGGUGUCCUAAAACACAAAGGCCAGGCUGUGAGUUGUGUCAAUCCCCAAGACGGACUUUCCCAGUUUAUAACUUUUAUCCAAAAGUUUUCUAACCCAAUUCUGGUGGGGCAUAACAUUCAGAGUUUUGAUUUACCAGUCUUGAUAAACCAACUGUCCAGGUACAAUUUAUACACAGAUUUCCAGGAAACAGUAUAUGGAUUAAUUGACACAUUAAAGGUAGCAAAGAGAACAUGGAAAAAGCCAGAUGUUGAGAACUACAAGCAAGAAACAUUGGUCAAAACUUUCCUGAACCUGAAAUAUGAUGCCCAUAAUGCUUUAGCAGAUGUACAGUCCCUGCAAACACUGUAUCAGAAGAUGAUGGCAGGCUUCCUUCUUUCAAGUGACCUAUUUACACUUAAUUACUAUGCAUGUAAGAAAUCACUUGAUCCACUAGUGAAAGACAAAGUAAUUUCAAGCCAAACAAUGAAGAAACUCCUUCAGUGCUCGCUUAGUUUGUCUAAACUUAGAAAUAUUCACAAACGUGAUACAUUUAAUGGAAUUAGAAAUGUGUUCAUGGAGCAAUGUGAGGGGUCAAAGGUCCCUAGAAUCUCAAAGUCAAAGGCAGUUAUAGACAAACUAAUUGCAUAUUUAAAUGCAUGAUAUGUUUUAUGUGGCUGACUAGUAGUGAUGACUACUGACUAGUAUAUUAGUAUACUAUCAUAUAACAAAAGUGUACAUGUUUUGCUGUUUAAGUUUUUCCAAUCAAUAUUUUAUUCAGAGGUGAGCAAUGUGGCUCAUGGACCUCUACAUUUUAUUGUUUAAGGUGUAGAAUUAAAAAAUGAUUUACAUUGUGUAUAGAAUUUAGAUUACUGAACCAUGGAAACAUCUUUUUUACCAUCUAAUUCAAUGAAUGAUAAUGAUUAUGAAAUUUCGAGAUUUUUUGGUUGGGGGUGGGGUUGUUAAAAUGAUUGUACUGAAUUUAUUUCUAUGGAAAGGUAUCAUUUUUUUUUAAUUUAUUAAAUCCUAAGACUCAACAUUACUCAGUUAUAAAUCUUUUUCUCUGAUUGAAACCAUGGUUUU